AUGGGAGUGUCGAGUGGGGUCGAAUUUACUGGCACCGAGGGCAACUAUCUGCUCCCCCAUCAUCGCGAAGAGAUCGCGCGCCUCGAGCGGCAACAUAACUUUAUCAAAGCCGCCACCCAUGAUACGCUGACUCCCGUUAAGCUUCCGCUGGGAUCCCGAGUUUUGGACUCGGGUUGUGCCGAUGGCAAAUGGCUGCUAGAUCUGGCGGGCAGCAACAGACCCGAUUUGCAUCUUUACGGCGUGGAUCUCGCCGGAGCGCUGUUUCGUGAUGAUCCCCGGCUUCAACUCCAUCAGCACGACAUCCGCACGCCUUUUCCGUCAGUCUGGAGGAACAGCUUCGAACUGGUGCAUCAGCGUUUGUUGGUUUGGGGCCUCGGCUUCGACGAGUGGGCACCGGCACUGGCGAACCUGGCCGACGUGGUCAAACCCGGCGGCGUGUUGCAGCUGGUCGAGGCCGAAUGGGUGCUGAGCUCUUAUGCGGACGAGUGCGUGCAGCAGAAGAAAUUGGCUCGCGUGCAGGAAUGGUCGACCGCCUCGUCCGGCAUGGACGUGCAUGUCUGGAAACGACUUCCGGAUCUUCUGUCGGCCCUCGGUUUUCAGGACAUCCAGGUUGAGACGUACCCUCUGGGCUACGGCGCGACGAGUGCCCGGCCUGAGGACCGCGUCUGGACAGCGGAACUCCUGCCUCAGUCCUUUCGCCAUUUGGCCCGCAAGAUUCCAGCCGACGGCAUCCCCGGCGUGGCCCAGAGCCCCGAGGAGUAUCUGGCCUGGUUGGAUGAGCUGGUGGUGGAAAUGAAGGAGAUCGGGUACACUCCCAAUCUCCGGUGGGUGACAGCGCGCAAGCCUGAAUAG